AUGGCCGCCGGUGCGAAACAAGAGGAGAGGAACGCGACUUUGCUGCAGAGAGGGAGGGGGAAAACGGACGCUGAGCCAAUACGCUCAGUUCUCAUCUCUUUGGUCAUAGAGCCCACCCUCAUUAGAGGCUAUCAUUGGCUCGCCUCGGAGGCAUUUCGUCAGGGGAUAAGUCUGAAGCCUGAGGCCACAAUUAUACUACCCAUGACACCCCUCCCCCCAUAUCUUCCCCUCCCACUUUGGAAGCCGAUCCCUUUCUUCGGACUUAGCGCGCACUUCAUCCCCAACAGCGCAAGGUCAAAAGAACGCAACUUUCUACCUGCUAUCACACGCAUUCUUCCACACCACCUGCGCCUUGCUGCAGAAACGUGCCCCAACUUUGUUGCUCCUGGCCGCUCCCUUCCUCGAUCCCAUGGUUCCAGAUGCGGGUACUGUACCGGAAGCCAUGACGCAUCCUUGAUGAGCCAAGUCAAGCUGAACCUGUACGUUCUGCCUCGAGGAGAGACGAUUGAGGCCGUCUGCCUUCGCAUGCCGAAACAGAAGGCUGAGGUGCAGUCUGAUCCUUUGGCCUUUCUAAGCCCCCCAGCCCGUGCCACGUUGAGGUUCGAGGAGACCGCUCCCGAGGUCAACUCUCCCUGCUCAUGGUCGCUUCUCGGGUCGUCGACUUUUCCAAAGGAAAACCUUACCGGCCGCAAACAGCCUAAUGAGGAACUGGCCUUCGUCGCCCCCAUUGGUCGUCACUGCCUCAUCACGCCGUUGGUCGCGUCUGUAACUGUCCCUGACGCGGUUGUGGUCGUCCAUAUUCACAACCUAGGUCCAAAUCAAGCCAACACUGCCUCUUCUUCGCCUGAAUUUCUGGUUUGCGUUGCAUUGCGCAUUGUCAUGCACUUUGAGCGCUUCCGGUCUCUCGGGUCGCGAAGGCAGCUGGUCUCCGGCAAGCGUCCUACUGGAUAUGCCAGGAAACAGGGUUUUGGUACUGCAAAUUGUCUCGGUCCGUCUUCAAGCAAGUCAACACAUUCUGGCGGUAAAACAGUAUCAAACCAGCCGAGAGUAAACGAAUUUCCUUUGGUUGGACGGGGUGACAAACUGUCUGGACGUGGCAACCUCCAUCUUCAUGCCAAGCCAUGCUAUGGAUUCGAGAACCCUGACCAGAGGUGUCCGUCCGAGGCACCGAAGUACGCUCAGACUGACAGCGAUCUUGCCGCUCGCCAUGUGAGCUUUCCGUCCGAGAUUUCCAGUGGGCAGUGGUUCGAUGACGCUUGCCAUCGCUGCACCGGCACCGUGAGAAAAGCCCGAGGGUACAAGGAGAUACACCAGGAGAUUUCUUCCACUCUUUCAAGGUCUCUCCCGGCCACAUGCGGAAUAGGGUACGCUCCACGCUGGGUUUUUGGGCGUCCAUUCGGCUUCCAGGGCAUGAGCUCUUUGCGGCUAGAAGCGCAAUCACAGUUACUCAUUCUGGAAAAAGGCGCAGCGAUGGUAGCUGACAACUGGGCAAGCCCUGCUACACCCACGCGAGGUUUCCAUACACACAAAUACUUCCUGGGGGGCGGCGCCUUGUAUUUGUGGUGUCUGCCUGCUCGUCAACCAUUGGAGAAACGAGGCAAACCACCUAUCUUCAGUGAUGGUGGUCCUCUUUACACGGUAACCUGCUGUUACCAUCUUCCCCGGCUCCCGCGAAUCAAGGACGGCACAACCGGUCCGCGGCGUGACGAGAUUCUGCAGUUGUCAUGGAUUGACAUUCUCCGGGACUUCGCCGUUCAGGAGAGGGGGUGGACAUACUGGAAGCCGCGGUGGUUCUGUGGAAGAGCUGCCAGGAGUGGUCAAGUGUGGACAAAGGUGGGCGUUAGGCCCUCCGCCGGUUGCGCCCGUAAGAACAUCUUUCUCCAUGUCGCAUCUGGAACAGCGGCAAAACGAUUCGCAAAAGGCGCAGCCGCCACCACCACUACACGACCUCAUCCAUCUGCAGGAUGGGCAUACGAAGAGGGGGAGAAUACCAUCUCGAAACCUUCGGCAAUUAAUUUCAGCCCCCAAUGCUGCUCAUCGCUGUCCGGUAUCAUGUCUCUACCCGAGCCGUUGACUGCGAGGCUACAACCAACGGCCGUAACGAUUGCUCCGGUCGUUUCAAAAGCCGCUGCUGGUGUGCGCGCUCUCGCUACGCCUCUGGCGGUGUUGAGUCAAUUUCCAGUCUGGCCCACUCCCAGCACUGAACUGCUCAUUGAUCACGUUGUUUUGACUGGUCGUCAAUCCACGAGGCCACAACAGAGGCCCGAAAAGGCGGCCAAGUGCCUGCAAAGCCCCCUCCUUGCUGCCCCGGCGACUCCGGGUAUCGGCGAAGGAGAACUCGCUGCCAAGAAGAAAAUUUUCAUGGGCAAUCCAAAAGUGCCUUUGAGGUCUCUCUCUGCACCCCAAUAUUUCGGCCGCAGUAUUGGAGCUGAUGUCGGGGUGCAGAAUCCUUUGCUACUUUCUGCAAUCCUCCUCUUCCGCAACUACAGCAUUCCCCGAGCUGCAGCUGCGCCGCUUCAGCGGUCAAACGGGCACUCUCUUCAGCUUGUCUGCAGGAACAAGGCAUUCGAAACCGUUCCAAGUGGCGGAGCGUCGAGCCCCACGGCCCCCAACGACUUCCGACCACGCCCAAAGCAGAAGACAGAACAAUCCUUUCGUGCUCCGACCAACGAUAGACGACGGAAGCGCACCAUGAACCCGUCAUCUUCUCCUUUCGUAUCCACAAGCAUCAAACAAGCGCAGAACUUCCCAUCAAUACGUUACACACACUCGAAGCCAUCGUUUCCGCAUCCACUCGACAGCCCCCUUCCCCCCUUCUUCCUCCACGCGGUCGAGAAUAGUAGCCAGACAAGACACAGCCCGCCAUCAUCUAAGGUUAAUCCCGGCCGCCACUCCCGUUGCCACGGGCGGCGCAGAACCACGAGAGAGACAGAGACGUCUACGGAGCGUUUACCGCAGGCUGUUGGUAAAGCCCAUCAUGACUGGUUCUUUGUUCGCCAGGCUAGGAUACCAUCACCCUCGAGGAACAACGAAACGGACUCAGUCACAGGGCGCAGGGCAAGCGAACGAAAAUUGAGAACACGGCGAAUCAGAGAAGCUAGACCAACAUCCCUCACGCCUUCGCCCUGGUUCGAUUCUCUCGUCACCUCGUGGCCCCCCUUAUUCCAUGAGUAG